AUGGGGCAUCUUCAGCGUAUCUGGGGCAUCGACAUCAUCCUGCGUAAUAUUGCAUCACUACAUCAUAAGAAUAAAGGAGACAUCCAGGACUGCGGAAAUUACAGACGAAUCAAGCUGAUGGCACACAUGCUGAAAAAGUGGGAGAGAGUUAUAGAGAAGAGAUUGAGAGAGAAGGUGGAUAUAUUAGAGCAGCAGUUCGGCUUUAUGCCAGGCUGGUCCACAACAGAUGCGAUAUUUGCCCAGAGACAGCUGAUGGAGAAAUAUGGAGAAGGCCAGAAGGAGUUGCACAGCGUAUUCAUAGACUUAGAGAAAGCAUAUGGUAGGGUGCCAAGAACAGAGGUGUGGAAUUGUCUACGGCUAAAAGAAGUGCAAGAGAAAUACAUCCGGCUCAUUCAGGAUAUGUCCGAAGGCAGCAAGGCAAAUGUAAAGUGCAUGGUAGGGAUCUGCACUAAGUCCAUUCCUCUUCGCCAUCGUCAUAGACUGUCUCAUUGA